AUGAGAUUUACAUACGCCGCGCUUACACUAACUGGCGUCAGUCUAGUACUUGGAGAUAGCGGUGCUUUGGGCGCCUAUGGGGGAGACGCGAGCUCCAGUAACAAAGCGGCUUCUGUAACUAGUUCUGUACAAAGCCAUAAAUUGGUCCAAACUAGCAACGUCGAACAAAAUACCUGGGCAUCAUCUGACAUAGGAGACUCUACCGAUGCGACAGCUACCGAUGCGACAGCUUCCUCUGCAGCUACUGCUGCAGCUACUGCCACCACUACCACAACAGGCGGUCCCAUUACGGUAGUAACAUCACAAAAUUCCGCCGGCGAGACCUAUCUGUCGACGGUGUGGUGGACACCCAGUGUCACGAAAUGGUGGACCCCAGAGAGUGAAAUAGCGAGCAGCACGGCAAGCGACAGCUCGACCGGCUCUUCAUCCGCAUCUCACGUAACAACGGCUACCUCCUCAGGUUCUAAAAGUGCCAAGAGUUCAUCCACCGCAUCCGUGAGCUCUUUGAACACCCAAAACUCCACCAACGCUGCAGAUCGGCCUCAGGCCGGUGUCUUCCUCGGCCUGGGAGCCAUGGCGCUUGGAGCGAUGGCCCUUUGA